CGGAAGGAGGAGGAGCGCCGCCAGUCUGGAGUGGGUACCUGGGGCGGAGGCAAAGGCGGAGGAGCUUUGAAAGAAGCUUAAGUGAAAAUGGUACAUGUUAGAAGACACGAAACAAGGAAAAAUUCUAAAACUCAAGAGCAUGAGCAGAAAUCUCGAGUUGAUUGGAAGCGGACUAAAAGAAGUAGUAUCUCACAGUUAUUUGACAGUGAUGAAGAGCUUGACAGUGACAAAGAGCUUGACAGUGAUGAAGAGUUUGAUAGCGAGGAGCUUGACAGUGAUGAAGAGCUUGACAGUGACGAAGAGCUUAAUGGUAACAAGGGGUUUGAUAGUGAUAAAAAGCCAGAAAAUGAAAGAGAACUUAGAUUAAUUAAAGUUGAAAGUGAAGGUAGUAACUGUGAGCAUCUCACGAACACUGGCAACAGUUCAGCGUAUGAAGAAGAAAAGAACAAAAACAAACAUAGAAGUAUUGACCUACCAGAUCAUGAAAAGCAUUCAAGUCAAGAGGAUGAUGAUCUCAACACACACACAGGACAAAUCAUAGAAGAGGACUUAGAAGAAGAACACAUCAAGCGAGGGAAGAGAAAAAGGAUCUCCUCUGUUAUGUAUGACAGUGAUGAGAGUGACGAUAGUGAUAUCCUAGUUAGAAAAGUAGGUGUUAAACGUCCACGUAGAGUGGUUGAAGAUGAAUGUUCUUCAGUGGAGAUGGAGCAAAAAAACCCCGAAAAAACUUUAGCUGCAAGAAAGCGAGAACAACUCCAGAAACUGAAAGAACUCUCAAAACAAAGAUCUCGUCAGAGACGCAAUAGUAGUAGAGAUUUUGAGGACUCUGAAAAGGAAUCCUGCCCAAGCAGUGAUGAAAAUGAUGAUGAUGAGGAUGAGGAUGAGGAUGAUUAUGAAUAUGAUGAAGAUGGAAAUGAUUAUAUUAUUGAUGACUUUGUAGUUCAAGAUGAGGAGGGUGAUGAAGAGAAUAAAAGCCAGCAAGGAGAAAAAUUGACUACAUCACAACUGAAAUUAGUAAAACAGAAUUCUCUUUAUUCUUUUAGUGACCACUAUACUCACUUUGAAAGAGUUGUGAAGGCUCUUCUGAUCAAUGCUUUAGAUGAAUCUUUUCUGGGAACAUUGUAUGAUGGCACCAGACAAAAAUCGUAUGCACAAGAUAUGUUGACAUCUCUUCAUUAUUUGGAUAACCGCUUUGUUCAGCCUCGUCUAGAGAGUUUAGCUUCUAGAAGUCGUUGGAAAGAGCAAUAUAAGGAGAGGGUGGAAAAUUAUUCUAAUGUAAGCAUCCAUUUGAAGAAUCCUGAAAACUGUUCCUGCCAGGCCUGUGGCUUGCAUCGCCACUGCAGAUACUCGGUGCAUUUAUCAGGAAAGUUGUACAACACCAGGACUAUGGAAACAGAUGAUUUCAUGUCACAUGAUAAACAGGUAUUUACUGUUGGCAGAAUUUGUGCUGAUCGUACCAGAAUUUAUCAUAAACUGAAACAUUUUAAGUUCAAGCUGUACCAAGAAUGUUGCUCCAUUGCAAAGACAGAAGAAGUUGAAGGCGAACAGGUUAAAGAAACAGUGGAAAGAAUUUUCAGUCACUCAAAAGAAAGCGGCUGGAUUAAGGAGAACAGUUCUUGUGACCCGAGAGUGAAGAAGCACCUGGUGCCAAUCUGAGGAAAGGAUCUCGGCUGCCAGUUCUAAUACCACCCACAUCCUCUUCUUGAGGACAUGGGCUGAGCAGUGAGCACUGUAACUGAAGAUCAAGGGGAAUGCAGAGGUUUCAGGCCACGGCACUGAUUUUGACUCCCCCAAAUCCUGUUGAUCACUAAAUUUGAUAUCAGGGAUAAAGUGGGGGUUUUGAAGAGUGCACUGGAUUCCCGAAGAUCUGCUGGCAGCUCAUAAGCUCUGGUCUGCUCACAGAGCUUUUAGAAUUGUUUAUGGUACUUGGAAAGAAUGCUAAUAUGAUUGCAAUCUUCUAAAACAAGUCUAGUUACGUGAAUGUAUGAAAGAAAACAUAUAGUAGAUUUUCAGGCAACUCAGAUCAACAGUAUAUUUAAUCUUUAAAAAAAAAAAAAGCCUGACUUGAGAUCUGUUGCCUGGGUUAUUUAUAUCAUAGGGAAAUUUGUAAAAGAGGAAGAUAAAAAAGAAGAGAGCUUAGUGAAUAAAUUUAUAAGCAAAGGGAAAGAAAAAGAGAACAACAGGAACUUGUCAGGACAUGUCAUGUUCCACAGAGGUCUCCCAGUCCAGAGAGUGACAUCAAAACUGGUUUCCCUUCUGACAAUUAUUCUCCCACCACAAGCCCCAACCCGGGAUCUCUCUGUCUCCCCCGCACCCAUCUUGACCUUUCUGUAGUCUUUCUCUCAUUUUACUCUCCUCAGCUCUUUAUCUUUUACUUUGCUUCAACUUCUCUCCUGGUGCUUUCCUCCCUGUCCUCCUCUGUGCUUUUCCAUUUACCUUAGGGAGGAGUCAUUACUUAUCCAGUAAGUCCCGUCUUCAUUUUCCAUGAUGACAUGAAAUUCUUAGCUGCUUUUAUUGUUGCAUUUAAGGGUUGCCAACACUCUAGUGGAGUUGAAAAACCUACUGGGACACCACAUUUUUUAAAGAAUUGUGUACUAGGUGUAAAAAAUCACUGUGCAUGUAUUAUACAUAUUAUAUAAUAAUAGUAUAUAUGGGGAAGAAAGUUAAAUUUCUUGUAGAGAAAAACUAAAAGCAUUUCCAGAUCAUGUACAAGGUUUCUAACAGAAGGGACCUGGAAUAAGAAAAAAUAUUCUUAGGAGGAAAAAAGCCAACUGUUCUCUUAUGCUUCAAGAACAACACUUAGCAUUGGGGAGUUAAGGUAUUUCAAGAUCAUGCAUGUUAAGGACAACAUGCACCUUUUUUCCCCACAUGCAAUACCAAAGAGCUUCAUUUUCUUUUUGGGAUGCUUCCUGCUUUAAAAAUAUCUGUCUAUAGAUUUUUUCAAAAGAUGACCUAGAAACUAAAGUUUAGAGCCACUGUAAACCCAUAUGCAGCUUUCUGUGCUGUGAUUAAACUUCAGAAUUAAUCAAGUGCUCUGACAUUUCUCAGCGUCACUCCACCUACCCCUCACAUAGUGUGAGUGUCCUUCUGUGACAGCAUCGCAUUUGCUUGUGAUGUACGCCUUCUUUGGCGGCAGACUCAUGGCCAUAGCUACCCUAACCCUUUUGAAUGCCAGGGCUCAGUGCUGCUUGAGUGGCCCUAUCUGUGGCCCUUUUUGCUCUUCCUAAUUAUUAUGUCAACCCUUUCUUUUACCUCAUGCAAACUAUCUGGCCCUGGCUUCCCCCCCAGCUUGUAUUACACACCUUGCUUUUUCCCUUACCUGCCCCUUCCUCCUCCAAGUGUUUUUCUUCCGUUGCCUCAGAACAUCUCAGCAUUUCUUCCCAAAGACCUGCCAAGGAGACUGACUUCAUUCUUCUUGUUCCUCCUCCUAACAGUUGAGCUAGGAUGAUCUGUUUUUAACUUAGGAUGACAUUAAAGGGUAGGAGUUACUUGAGUGUAAGAAAAGAAUGAAUGAUAAGAAAAUUAUAAUAAACCAAAACAUAUAAUAAAUAUAAUAAAAAUAAUUGUCUCAUUCUAAAUUAGACUGAAAGAACAUACUAUCAUAUGCCACUGGCAAAAUUCUAACAAAUGUUUAUUGUUAAGAAGAAAAUGAAUGUGAUGAUGGGAUUUCCAGAGAAGUUGAAGAUAGGGUUGUUGGGAUGGGGUGGUGAAUACAUGAAUAUCAGGAAGUGGGGAAAGUAUAUCAAUAAAAGUAUGAAGUCUCAGUUUUACAAUUGUAUGUGAAUUUUUAAUGUAUUACAUAAAGAUUGUUACAUAAGAGAGAAUUUUAAAUAAUGAUUUGAUAUCCCACCCCUUCCUGAACCUCUCUUAAUGUGGUCUCUUUUUCUUUCCCCCUUUAAAACUUUUUUUCCUUUUCUUUUUCUUUUCGCUCCUUAAACUGAUGUUUCUCAAAUGGUGGCCCUAAUACCUAUGUCAGAAUCACCUAGAAGUUUGUGGAAAAUGCAUAGUUACAGGCCUCACUGAAGACUAUUGAAUGAGAAUCUUUGGGGGUGUUAAACACCCCAGUGUUUAACAAAUUAGGUGAUUCUUAAGCAAAUUAAAGAUUGAGGGCCUCUGCUUAAAGGUACAUGUCACUCUAGGUUCCGUUUUAGCCUCUUUAUAGCUCUCUGCCUUGGCAAACCCAUUCCUUUCUUUGCGUCUAAUUGCUGUUUCUGAGCAGAAGACUCCAAACUCCUUUUAUGUUCUGACCCCUUUCUCACACUCCGUUUCCACAGUUCCACCUGUUUUAAUCAGUAGGUCCAUCCAGGCACUCAAAGGGUAACAUAAUAAGAUUCAAACUCUCCAGAUUUUUGGGAAAAAAGAAGGAUGAAACAGAAUCUUUAGGUGGAGAGAAUGACCAGGAAAUAUGAACUGCCUUCUCUGAGUUUCACUUUUCCUUUGGAGGGCUUUUUUUUUUUUUUUCCCCUUACUAAAGCUGCACCCUGCCUCUCCCCCGACUCUUUAAAUCUCAAAAAUAGCAUACUAUAAUGGUUAAAAGCAUGGAUUUAAAUAUUUUCUAGCAGUAGAAUUUGGAGGCAAGUUACUUUAUUUCUCUAAGUUGUCUCUUUAGUAAAAUAGGAAUUAAAACAACAAUAAUAGAGUUUUGAUUGUGGAAAUUAAAUGAUCGACACGUUUUAAGCAUUUAGUAUUGGACCUAGAAAUUAGUAAGUGAUCAAUUAAUGUUAACUAUUAUUAGUAAUAAAAGCAAGGAGAGGUUUUCCUUCCUUUUCUUCAUAUAGCUGGGAUAGAUUGUAAUUUUCCAGAAAAAAAAUUAAUAAGAGAAAAAAACAAUACAAAGAAAGAAAAUAUAAAAAGCAUAAAACCAAUCAACUUUUAAGGUAUAGUUUUCUAAUUCUAGGGUACUUUACUUCUAUCUAGUAGAACCUAAGUACUUGGUCAAAAGAAUCCCU